AACGUGCCCGAACACCGACUCAGUUGUCAUUCUUCGUAUUUAAGCAUUACGUCUAGCUCAUCUCGGGAAACAAUUACUAGUCUGAGCUCGCACAAUUUAGUUAUACCCCUCGCAUCUGUACAUACUUUUACCCCAGACUUUCGGGUCUCAGUCACCAUGGUAGGCAUCAACGAAGUCCGCAAAUCCAACGCCGCUCUUCACACCCGCGAUGGGGAAUUCGUCGCAGUUUUCGUCGGGGGAACCAGUGGAAUCGGAGAAGCAACAGCCAAGGAGCUAGCAAAGGCCAUCAAAAAGCCGACGAUCCAUCUCGUAGGAAGGAAUCAAGCCGCCGGCUCCAAGAUAUUAGAGGAACUAAAAUCAGCCAAUCCCGAUGGGACUUUCUACUUUGUUCAAUCGGACGUGUCACUUCUCCGGAAUGUAGACGAGGCGUGCUCAGAAAUCAAGCAGAAGGAAAAGGCGAUUGAUCUGUUGUUCCUCUCGACAGGACAUCUUGCAACCUCGAAACAAAACACAACUGAAGGCCUCGAAAACAACCAUGCCCUCCGUUACUACUCCCGUAUGCGCUUCGUCCACAACCUCCUCCCGCUGCUUAGCGCAUCCAAAGGCCCAGCCCGCGUCGUGAGCGUCUUAGCCGCCGGCCAGGAAGGUAAAGUUGAAGAAGAUAACCUCGAUUUACAGAAGUCGUGGACCUUUAUGAAAGCCGGCACGUAUGCAGCAACCAUGAAUUCCCUCGCCGCAGAACACCUGGCCACGCUGUACCCGUCCAUCAGCUUCGUUCACGUAUUCCCCGGCAUUGUCCGCACACCUCUCAUGAACAAGACCAUGGGCUCAAUCGCAGGUUCAAUCGUUGGCUUCCUAUCGCGACCGAUGUCGAUUUCCUCGCAGGAGAGUGGUGAGCGGCAUUUGUUCAUCUCGACUUCCGCUGCUUAUCCGCCCGCUACGCCCAAGGAUCCGGCGAAUGCAGGCGUGCCACUUGUAGAGGGAGUGAAGACCAGUGUAGCUUCGACUGGCAAAAUUGGCGGAGGAUCGUAUAUUCUCAAAUAUGAUGGUGCCAACGCGGCAAACGAGAAGCUCAUGAGCGGAUACCGAGCGGAGGAUUUCCCGAAGAAGAUCUGGGCUCAUACCCUGGAGACGUUUAAGAAGGUGUUUGAUCCGGCGCAGUAAACAUUACAUUCAUAUCUCAAUACUUAAUUAAUUACUUAAUCCUUUGUCAGUCCGACUAUCCGGAAAUCCAUAGGAAGAAACAACCAAUUACUCUAGCGCUGUAUACAGC